AUGUCAAACGAGGGUGAGCGAGGAAAAGGAGACCAAGAUGAGGCGCGGAGGAUCUGGAAGAACGCGGAUGCGGUAUGCUUUGACGUCGACUCGACGCUGUGCCGCGAUGAGUUGCUGGACGAGCUUGCCAAGCACCUCAGCUGCUACGAGCUGAUCGCGAGCUGCACCGAGAACGCCAUUAAUGGAAGGAUUUCGUUCCGACAAUCACUGAAACUCCGUCUGGACGUUAUGAAGCCAACACGACGCCAGUUAGAGGAAUUCAUCCGUAGUCGGAAGCCAGCUAUGACGCCCGGGAGCGCCGAAUUGGUUGCAGAACUGCACCGUCGCGGCACCCACGUUUACCUGGUUUCGGGCUCGUUCCGGAUCCUCGUUGCUCCGGUGGCGCGACUUCUCAGCAUUCCGGACACGAAUGUUUUUGCGAAUGAGUUGCUCUUUGACGCGAACGGCCGCUACAGCGGUUUCGACGAGACGCUGCCAACCAGUGAUUCGGGGCGCGAGGGGUUCGGCAAGGGUGCUGUUUGUAGGAGGCUGAAGGGCGAGAAGAGCUACCGGAAUCUGGUGAUGAUCGGGGACGGUGCAACGGACCUGGAGGCGGCCUGUCCCUGCGCGGCCGAUCUCUUCAUCGGAUUCGGUGGCGUGCGCUGCCGUGAAGUUGUGAUGAAAAAUGCCCAGUGGUUUGUGCGCGAUUUUGAAACACUCACAGAAUGUUUAGUUCAUUAA